AAAUUCAAAUAGCACACAAAUAAAUUUGGACCUCUUUACUUUUUCCAACUUUCGAACUCAGUUUCUGAAAGUCAGCAAAAUCUAAAAAAUCUCUUCAUGUCAGAGUUUUCAAAAACUCAGAAAGAAAAAAAUUAUAAAGAAGAGAUUAUUUUUUUUCAUACUCGGUUUUUGCAAAAACUUCAAACAAUUCUUUUUUAUUUUUAGUACAACAUAGUAGGAAAGAACUUAGACUAACAAAAAUUUCUUCCAAACUAAGAACUCGCAAUCUUGAAAAUCCGGCGCCGGCGUUACUUUCUCCGGCGAACUGGGGCCUUCCUUUCUCAUGGAAUCAACCGUCGUACAAACCCAACCACUCCAAUUCGUUCACUCAAUGACAUCAAAAUUCAUCCCCACAAUUCGAUUUACUGCUUCCUCCUCUGUAGCAUUCAAGAGGCUCUUCUCUGCUUCAGUUUCAUCUUCAGCAGCCAUUGCCACAAAUGCCCCUGUCAUAGAAGAGCAAAACCCAUCUCCUGAACCAACUACUUCCAGUAGAAAUGGAGCUCCAAAAGUGGCCAGGGGUAGUAAGGGAAUUUUGGAAGCUCAGCUGAAAAUGGACUGGCUGGAGUCUUUGUCUUGCCCUUUUCAAUAUACUAAGGAUUUGAAUAAUGCAGGUUGGGUUAUUGGGGUUGACCCAGAUACUUCUGGUGCCUUGGCUCUCUUGAAACCAAAUCAACCCCCUCAGGUGUUUGAUUCUCCUCACUUGAAAGUACUAGUUGGCAAAGGAGUGCGGAAGCGGUUAGAUGCAAAAGCUAUUGUUCAGUUGCUUCAAAGUUUUGAAGCUCCUAUUGGAACAACUGUGUAUGUUGAACAAUCAACUCCGUAUCCACAAGAUGGUAAGCAGGGAUGGUGGAGUGGAGGAUUCGGCUACGGAAUGUGGAUCGGGAUCUUAGUUGCUUCGGGAUUCUCCGUCAUUCCAGUGCCAUCAAGUGCAUGGAAGAGUGAGUUUCAACUUACAAAAGAACGCUCAAAUAAGGAUUACAGCAGGGAAGUUGCAUCUGAAUUGUUUCCCUCUUUGAGUUCUCUAUUGAAAAGGAAGAAAGAUCAUGGUCGAGCUGAGGCUCUUCUCAUUGCUGCUUAUGGCAAAGGCAUCAAGAUAAAUUCUGAUUCUUUUCCCAUGGGGGAAAAUUAGCUGUCUUAGAAACUGGAGAAAGCUGGUUCAUGACUUCAUCUUUUAUCAGCUCCGACGCUUAGUUGUUGCUGGACAUCUGCCUUAGGUGUGCAUAUUUCCCUUGGAAGGUUUAUCCAUAAAAAGAGAAACAAUUAAUCGACGAGGCUUUUCAAUCAACUCGGAUUUUUCUGACUGACUCCAUGAGAUCUCAACGUUAGCAUUGAAUGAAGGAAUAUGGUCAGUAAAGAUUUAUAUGGCCGACUCCAAUUUAUUUGGGAUGGAGGCGUAGUUGUUGUUGUGAACACUCACGAAGUCGAACUCAUCCUUUCUGUGUUAACUUAAUUGUCAGUUCUGUUGUAAUGUUGUAUCUUAAUUUAGAUUUGCAGGAUUAGUGUAGAUUCCUCAUUUUUCAUGCACUGCUUGAGAAUAGAUAACAUUUUGGGAGAUCGUGCUUUUCCUUCUUA